UACAAGCCACGCCCACAUACUUCCGGGUAGACGUCCGAACAUCUAAAAAUUGAGGGCAGCGCUUUAUGGAGUCAUUACCCAAGUCAGACUCUAAUAAGGUAAGUGUAACUAUUGACCGUGUUUAUUUUACUAAUUACUUUGACAAAGCGUAUCGAAAACUUGAUGGUUUUAAGGAGCUAACGGAACGGAAACAAUGGGUUCAAACAUGCGCUAACUGAUAGCUGCCUUGCUAGCCAAGCCUGUGUUGACCAGGGUCCGCUGCGAUUUUAAAAACUUUAAGAACAUGUUGAUUAAAUGUAAAAGUGGUGGCUCUUAAUGACAAACACCAGGUUUUUUCUGACAAAGGUAAACUAUCAUGUUUUUCGGCAUGGCUCAUGUCCAAAUUAGAGGUUUUUCUUCUAUGGUUAGAUCGCUUCUUUUAUCGAGAAUGGUUGCCGCCCACACUGUGUUUUCAGAGGUUGAAGUCUUCGCUUACCCUCUGCUGUUAUUGAUUUAAUAGUAAUGCCGUGCUGUCGUGUCUGUUUCUUUUUCUUUGGAACUUCUGCCGAAUUUUCCAGAACGACAUUUUGAAACAGUUGACUUGUAUAAUAGCUCGGUAAAACGCCCCACGGGGGCAGCAACACCGCAUUUUGCUUACGUUAUCAGAAUUAUAAAGAAGAUUUGGCCUGAAUCCAUCUACACAAGUUUCGUUGACGCAGAGACAAAUCUGUGGUGAAAGUGCAUCUCUUUUAAACUAAAGUCGCCUUGAAAAACUGCGCACAAGGUUAUCAUCAUUAAAACGAUCCAGUAGAAGCUCUCAUUUAUCGUGAAAAUAGCUACAAGUGAAUGUAUUUUGCGGAAAUGUUUGAUCAGUUUAUCCCGAGUACCAACAUGUUGAGCAAUUAGUUUCCUGAUUCUUCUUCUUUUAUUUGUGCGUGUGUGUGUUUUUAUAACAGGAUUGACUCAUUGACAUUGGCCAGACUUGCCUGAUCCCAUCAUGGCUGUCAGAUACUUCUCUCUACUCUGCUGUCUUGGCCUAGCUUUUACUGCUCAAGGUGAGUAACAGUGGGGAUAAGCUGGUGACAUCCAUAUUACACACAAGCUGGUGUUUGGCCUUGAACUAUCUUAUCCCUCACCAUUCUGCUUUUGUUUACCAUUACAGCUCAAGACUGCUCAAGGCCUAUUCCAGGAACUAACAUGCAAUUAAGAGAGAAAGACGCUGAAACGCAAGAAUUUCCACCGGGGAGCAAAGUUGGUUUCACCUGUGUGAUUGGCUACACCCCUGCAGGAGGGAGCCCAUCCAGUGUUUGUACUGGCGGGGUUUGGACCCCCGUGACCCUGACAUGCGAGAGUAAAUAUCACCUGUUUCUAAUAUUUGUUCUCUGUUUUGGAGCCUCUCUUUAAGUAACAUAACUGUUCUUUAAGAUAAGUUAAAGACAAUAUUUUGAUGAAUCUGUGGAGUCGUCUUGUGCUAAAUGAUACAGUUUUCUUUCACUAGGGAAGAGCUGUGGCUCACCCGGUGACGUGCUACACGGUCACAUCGAGUACCAUGAUGGCACUGAGUUUGGUGAUACAGCUGAGGUUAUUUGCGAUGAAGGGUUAGUAACACAGAGAUAACUGUGAUAUUUAAAGAAUUGUCAUUGUAUUAUUAUGGUGGACAUAACUCUAAAUGUUUACAGCCAUUGUAUUUAAACGUCAUUAUUAUUAUUUUUUUUUAGUUACAAACUGGUUGGUAGAAGUCAACUCAGUUGUGGAGACCAAGGCUGGAAGGGCAGGUUACCUGUCUGUGAAGGUUGGUCUGCUGUGUGUUAAUACAAGGAACAUGAGAUAGUAAGAUCUCUUGUCUAUUUUUGCUUUAACCCCUGUACUUUUUACUGCGCAGUUACGAAGUGUGAGCCUCCACCUCAAAUAGCCGAUGGCGUGUAUUAUCCUGAAAGCGAAAUCUAUGAAUACAGAGAAUCUAUCCAAUACACCUGUUCGAAGGAUUUUUCUCUCGUUGGAUCCAAAUACCGCUCGUGUUCAGGAACAGGGACAUUUGAGCCUGAAGCUCCAACAUGUAGCAGUGAGGAUUUUAGCAUUUUUUCCAACUUUUCUAAACAUUUCCCACCGACUCUAAAAACCGCUCAUUUGUACAACUGGAGUGAGUUACAUCCAUAUAUUUUUUUGUCCCUGAAGAUAUUAAAUGUCCCAACCCAGAAGUGGAAAACGGUGAUCGGUAUGGAGGUUAUAAGCCGUCUUAUAAGUACAAGGACACUGUGCAGCACAAAUGUACGACUGGCUAUACUCCGAUAGGAGACGAUGUCUCUACGUGUGGACCUGAUGGGAAGUGGUCACCUCCACUUCUACGAUGUGAACGUAAGUAGAUCAGACUUUUUGAAGUAACAAUAUAAAAUUUUAUCUGUAUUAUGGAUUUCUCCUGAAAUUUAACAGUGACUAACUGACUGGUAUCAUCUUUUUCUUCAGCUUUAAAAUCUCUCAGGCUGCCUCAUACUUGCAUUAACUGACUGGAUUCACACUUUAGAGCGUGAUAUAUGUGCAGCAUAUUCAGCUUUAGUCCUUUUGCUUGCUGCUAUCAGAGAUUAUUGCGGUAGUUUUUAAAGAAAGGAUCCUGCUGCUGUGUUCUGUCUAAAGCUCUGCAUCACCUCAUGAGAGUAUCCCUGCUUCAUUAAGCUAUGUCAGAACAAUCCUGGACUGUAAUCUUGCAUGCACAAACUCUCACCCGUGAAAGAGCAUGACACUUGAUUUGGCCUUAGAAACUACAAAUCUGGCUUUUUCCAUUCCUUCUAGUGUUUAUUUCUCUUUUCUGAUUUGUCAUUCCAGCUAAAAAUUGUUCGCAACCUGUUGGAGGAUCCAACAUGGCUUUAGAGGACAAAACUGUACAAAUAUUUCCACACGGCUCCAGCGUUACUUUUGUCUGUAAAGACGACUUUGUUCCUGAGGGAAAUGCAGUCAUUAAAUGUAUGAAUGGGGACUGGAGUCGUCUGGAACUCACAUGCAAAAGUGAAUAUUCACACUUUUUUAUGACCUGUCCCCUGAUUUGGUGCUCUUUCCUAAAAGACGUUUAACCGGAUAGUUUUCUGGAUCAGGGAGUGUUUAUUUCUCUUUUCUGAUUUGUCAUUCCAGCUAAAAGUUGUUCACAACCUGUUGGAGGAUCCAACAUGGCUUUAGAGGACAAAACUGUACAAAUAUUUCCACACGGCUCCAGCGUUACUUUUGCCUGUAUAGACGACUUUGAUCCUGAGGGAAAUGCAGUCAUUAAAUGUAUGAAUGGGGACUGGAGUCGUCUGGAACUCACAUGCAAAAGUGAAUAUUCACACUUUUUUAUGACCUAUUCCCUGAUUUGGUGCUCUUUCCUAAAAGACGUUUAACUGGAUAGCUUUCAGGAUCAGGGAGUGAUAAUAUCUGCUGAACCAGUUUUUAAAAUCACUGUGCAUUCACUUUGUGUCAGUAACUCUCUCAAGAUUACCAUGUUGUAUGUUUUUUCAUAGGAACCACUAAACCACCAAAAACCACUAAAGGACCAGUUACAGUCGGCCCAGGUGGAAAAGGUGAUGGUGAUGAUAAGACAGAGUCAGGUAGAGUCGAUGUUGAGUCCUUUCAGUGUGUUCAUAUGAAGCAGUAAUAAAAUUUAAAGGGGGCUAAAAAGAGCUUUUUAAAUGGUACUGGCAGACUCUUAAAUAGCUGAGUUUUAAGGGGUAAAAUGUGUCGGAGCAGCUGACGAUAAAGUUUUGCCGCUUUUUGAGUAAAACACAGCAGUCAUAACACUUCAUGUUAUCAUAAUGCUCUGCGACUAACCUUUUCCUCAGUAAUCCUGUGAUGUCUGGUUGUACGACAAGCAGCUUUUCCCCCCUGAACCUCCUUUUGUUUGUUUUUUUUUACAGGCGGUGGAAAUGACACUGCCAGAGACGCGGGGAUUGCUUUGGCGGUCGGUAAGUUUCAACCUCAUCCUUUAAAAGAGCUGAAUAAGAGACAUUAUUAUGUAUUCAUUGAUGGUAAACAUAUUAACGCACAGUGUUUCUUUGCUGCGGUUUGUGUUAACUAAUGAAUAACACAUAUUCUUCAGUUUUAAAGCUCCUGUGAGGAUUAGUUAACCGGCUAUAAAAUGAGCUGAAAUUAACACUGAUGUCUGUUUGUUACCUGUAAAAAGGAUGAACACUGUCAGAGAUGAGAUUCAUGUGUUAAUCUUUUCAUUUCUGAUGUUUGUUACUUCUACAGCUAUUCUUUACAGAGAAUUUUAUUUAUUUGUUCUUUCCAGUCUGAUUUUUUUACAUGAUCCUUGUUUUUUCUCUCACACAGUUGCUCUUGUUGUUGCGGUGCUCGUUUUAGUUGGAAUUCUUCGUUCAAAAAAGAAAAAGCAAGGGUAAAAUGUUGUUUUGUUGAACUACGCAGGCUAACACUAAACCCUGCUUGAUCCCUCUGUGCCUGUGAACAUUUCCUUUACGUCUCUAUUCCAGCAUCUGUUAUUUUUUUUCCAGCAUCUUUAUCCUGUCCGGCUUUGUGAUGUCCCGUGUUUGGGCUUUCUAGGACCUUUUGAUCAAAGUUUCUCUCUUCGCCACACACUGUUGAUGUUGUCAUAUUUGGCUGCUUUGAGAACUUGAAGCACUCUGACUGAGUCGUGAGAGCUGUGCCAAGGGCUGUCAGUUUUCACUGGAACCAAAGUUUGUCUAAUACCUGGAUAGAAACAAUGGGUUUAAUUUGCAUGGGCUCAGGUUCCAUACGUACUCCCAAAUCCAAAGUCCAGACUCUAGAGGAAGACAAUGAAACCUUUUAAAUGCUUAAAAAAAAACAUGGACAGAGAAAAACUUGAUGGUUCCUCACUUGUUAAUGCCUGAUGUGUCGACGCCAAACGAGGUCAUCGGUCUGAAUUUGUUCUCUUCUCAUUUGAUUUCUGCAGGAAAAGGAAAUGAUAAUUGCAGAAGUGACUCAUACUGAAACCUCAUUUUUUUUGAGUGGGGAUCAAUUUUAGCAGUUGAUCAUAACUCUUAAAAAUUGAAGACUUAUAACUGUUACUCAUUUUCUACCUAUGAAAGAUAAAUAAACCAAAAAAUAAAAACUUAAAAAACACACAUUUUAUAUAUAUCAAAAAAAUAAAAAAAUAAAUAAACCUAAAAAAAAAAAACACACUUUAUAUGUAUAUAAAAAAAAUAAAUAAAUAAAAAUAAACCUAAAAAUACACACACUUUCUACAUAUCAAAAAAUUUAAAAAAUAAACCAAAAAAAAAACACGCUUUCCACAUAUAUAUAUAUAUAUAUAUAUAUAUAUAUUUAUACACACAAAUAAAUGAAUAAAAAUAAACCAAAAAACAAACCUAAAAAUACACAAACUUUCUAUAUAUCAAAAAAAAAUAAAACAAAAAAAACACGCUUUCUAUAUAUAUAUAUAUAUCAACAAAAAAAAAAUAAACCAAAAAACAAACCUAAAAAACAUACACUAUAUAUAUAUAUAUAUAUAUAUAUAUAUAUAUAUAUAUAUACAGUAUAUAUAAAUGAAUAAAUAAAAAUAAACCAAAAAAAUAACCCUGAAAAUACACACACUUUCUAUAUUUAAAAAAAAAUGAAUAAAUUUAAAAAACCUGAAAAAAAUGAAACCAAUAUUUUGUUUUAAAUCCAAACUGUGUCGAGUUUCUUUACUUGACACCUUUUAUAUUAUUAAGUAUUCAGUUAACUAAAAGGCCAGCAAGCGAUCAAAAUAUGACAACAGAGCAUUUGGUGGUGUACUUCGCUCUGAAAAACCAAUUAUGUUUAGUCGAGACCCCUCACACUGCACUGUCUUUUUUUCUCUCUUCAGUUUCCUCCCUCAAAUGUUUUGAAACAGCACGCUGCAAGACACUCCUUUUAUUAUGAAAUUCUAUAAAACCCAAACCUUCCUCUUCCACCAAACUCUGUGGUGACCUGCUGCUUUCUGCUCUGUUUCAUUUUGGGAGCGCUUCCGUAAAAGUUUGUGCAAAUCAGCUACAAGAAACGAAUUUAUAGAAAUCUUAAUUUCCGCUGUGUUUGAGGAAGCGGCUUCCUCUGUGACGAGUGGUGCUCGAGUGUGGUCUUGUGGUCGAGUCAGGCUUCUUUCCACUUCCUGCAGCUUGUCUUGCCUCUUAUCUGCCUGGUCGGUCGCACAGUUAGCGGUGAUAUUGAUAAGUGGUUAUUAAAUUGCAGUUUUCAGAAAGGCUGUCCUGAAAAUGACACGAAGAACGAUGACGAAGAGCAGGCGCAGCUCUGAAGUAGGUAAGAAGACGGAGCACCGAGCACUCUCAAACCCCAGAAACUCAUCAUUUUCAAUCUGUCUAUCUGGCUGUGAUGAUCACUAACGUUAACAUUGAUGACUUUUCUUUCCUGCUCUUUUGGGAUCGUUUUUAACCAGCUGGGACGUUUCCUACUCCUCCUCUUUUCUCUCCUUGUUCACAGAGUUUCUUUCUAAAUGACUGUGAUGUCUUCUCUUCUCCUGUCUUGCAGUAAGCGCCCUUCUGUUGGUCCAUAACUACUUGGUUUGAAAACAUCUGAGUAAGAAGAGGACUGCCACUGGACUAGUUUUUGAAUGUAUUCGCUCAAUCUGCCAGCAUGAGGGUGCCGCAGGCUCACAAACCACCCCCAAAUAAAGUUUCUGAACACGAGCCCGAGAUCGCAAAUCCUUAGUAGGUUUGGUUCAACCUAAACAUGCUUUUAGGGUUCUCAUUAGUCACUCCAAACUUCUUUAUUUUAGCCCUGCAUGAGUCUUAACAAUGAUGAUUGGGUUGCCUGUAACCCCGUUCAUAACAUCACUGCAGUUUUUUGUUUGUUUUUUAAUUAUGAAGGAGUGAGUUUUAUAUUUUCAGAGUGACAUAAUCUUGCACUAUAUUGAUCCGCACAGCUCAGCUUGGCCAAUAUCGCUCAGUUACACCAAUUACUCAACCAGUUUUCGUCUGUCUAUCAAAACAGGUGGCUUCUAGCUGAUAAAUCUAGUCUUGUAAAUGAAACUUUCCAGACAACAAAGAUAACAGCGGGAUCUGUCAAACAUUCUCAAACACGGUGCCUGAUCACGAGGGAAAAUGUCUUUGCCUUAUUAAUGAAGAAACUGUCUAAGUUCGUUGAUUGUUGUUUCUCGUGUUUCGUCCUGUGAGUCGCAUAAACAUUAACCCAGAAAAGUUAUGGAGAGCGAACUUCGGUUUAAUGUUUGUGCAAAGUUAAAUAUUGGCACAUAGUGUAGCCUAAAAGAAAGCGUUUUAUUACCAAGAGAAAAAUUCAGCAAAUGUUUUUUUUUUUUUUGAAUAUCAGAAUUAUUUGAUUUGAUUUAUAUCUCUCUCAGAGUUUAGGUGUUAAGUUGAAACAAGGAGCAUACUUUAAGUAUUAGGCUUCAGACCCGUGGCUGAUGUUUCCUGGAGUCCGACAGACUGUGACUUCUCAAGUUUUUGCACUUACUUUGCUUUACUUUUGAAAUCUUUAUUUAUUGAGCUGAAAUUUGUGUCAGAACAUCUCAUCUAACAGUUUUUGUAUUGUACAGAAGCAGGUGAAAACUGCUUUCAUUUUGGCUUUACUUUUUUUGUAAUCAAUAAAAUAAAAUGAAACCACUGAACCAAGUCUGACCCCUGUAUUGAAUUUGCUGUGUAUUCAACAUGAACACACAUCAGUCUCUUUGACCCAGAUGCUGCGACUUUUUAACAAACAACAGAGCUGGAAAAAUUGAGGAAUAUUAUGUGAAAGUAAAUUUUUAUUUGUGUUUAUGAUAGAAACAAAGUGUAACAUACAACAAUAAAUGUCAAUGUGUCUUUACUAAUUUGUCAACUUUUAAUAUGUGUAGUAUGUAGUUAUACCAACUUUAGUAAUGACCACACAAUAGCAAUACACAGCGGUCUGAGGAGCCACAAUGAUCAUAAAUGUUCUUCCUUGAGCUGCGUCACCCCGCUGCAGUCUGUAAUGGACUGGUCAAGGUCUCUCAACAAACAAGCGGCUGCUGGAAGAGAGUAGGUGAGUUGUGUUUAGUCUCUUUGCUAAAGAAAUUAGUCAAAGUUAAAAAGAUGUUUGGUGGCUGGGACCCUAUAUGUCCUGUUGAUGAAGUUAGGUGCUGUUCUGAGCAUUAUUUGUGGCUAUAAAGUGGCGUUUUGGUUGAGGUUUGUUUAUGGCUCCUCAGACUGCUGUGUAUUGCUAUCCUUCGGUCGUUACCAAAGUCGGUAUAACUAGAGAUUCUCUCAAGGGGGCUUUCUAACUCGUCAUUAUGGUGUGUUUGACCCUAAAUUAAUUUUGCACCGGAAUAUCCCUUUAAGCAUUUAAAUUAAAUGAUAUUUCACAAGUAACCCUGUAUUUUCAUUUUGGACAAUAUACUGAAGUUUUACAAAGGGUUCAAGUUAGAAAUAAGGUCUGCUGAGGUAAUUAUGUUAUGAAAUCUGGCAUUUGCAGCAAUAAAAAAACCUUCAGGAAAACUAUUUAUACUUCAUUUGUCAGUUAAAGAUAGAAACUCGACAAGCCUCUUGUGGGUGGAUAUUGCAAAUCUGCAUUUUGCUAUGAAAACAUGUUGCAUCUAGGAUCUGUGCAGGGUUGAAUAUGACUGUAAAGUAAGAUAUUUAUGACCAUGACUUCCAUCCAUUAGUGCAAACUGAAUCAAAAAUCAACUGAUCUCUUAGAUUACACUGCCACCUUGUGGAUUUUACAAAGAACUACAACACCAUUCAUGUUACUUAUGCUGCGUCCGAACUGCCCGCUCGGAUACUACAUGCUACUGCUACGUGCUACUGCUAGAUCCUACUCCUACAUACUAAACACGUUGGCCCAAUUCGGACACACUAGACGAGCGGUGGGGAAAGACGACCCCCGCAGGCAGAGAGUAGGUACUGCGCCCGUGCAGACAGUGGUAACUGAAGCCCCUCAUCUGCGGGCCUGGCUGUAGUACUGCAGCUGUGCAGUUUAAUGAUGGAAUAAGUGAGCUUUACCUCCAUGAUGUCGCCACAUAUUUGCUCAUAAAAUGAUUACUUGGGCAAAUAUGACACCAUGACAUGACAAAGAGAUACAACCGCACAUUUUUUAGGACAGUGUGUGAAGUUACAU